AUGGGGCCGUGCCUUAUCAACCCUGCUGCUGCGGACCUGCUCGACCUCCCUGGGCCGGGGAAGUUGAGCGCCGUGAAGGUCGCAGCAGCUUUCAAGGCUCUUGUGCAACGCACCUCCACGCCCACUGAAAUAUUCCGCUGGCUGCGCACGGUAUCAGCCUUCCCGCACGACAGCGUGGAGGCGGUGUGGCACGUGCAGGAGCCGUGGUGCGUAGUGCGCGUGCAGUCGUACCCCGUGAGCAGCGAGGCCACGCACGGGCGCGUGUGGCUCUUUGACGACGUCACCGCGGAGCACGAGGCGAGAGUGGCGGUGGAGCAGGCGGACAAGGCCAAGGCGCAGUUCCUCGCCAUGAUGAGCCACGAGCUGAGGACGCCCAUGACUGGCGUGCUGGGCAUGCUAGACCUGCUGCGGCUAACGCCGCUGACAGGGGAGCAGAACGGGCUGGUGCGCGUGAUGCAGGGGUCAGCGGAGGGGCUCAUGCAGGUGCUGAACGAGAUCCUGGACUUCUCAAAGAUCGAAUCUGGCAACUUCUCCCUUGAAGAGGCCGACUUUUCCGUCUCCGAGCUUCUUGACCAGGUGGCAGCGCUGUUCCGAGGCCGAGUGGAGGAGCGCCAUUUAUCCCUCACCGUGCACAAGCCGCAUGUCAAGGAGCAGGCUGUCAGGGGCGACCCCAACCGCCUGCGACAGGUGCUCACGAAUCUGGUGAGCAACGCCAUCAAGUUCACAGAGCAGGGAGGUGUGACCAUCACGUGGAGGCGAACGCUGCUGCCCCGCUCCGCCUCCUCCCUCAGCCUCGCCUCCCCUGGUUCUGCCCUCGCCCACACAGACCCCACAGGGGCUGCCACUGCUGCUGGUGGUGCUGGUGCUCUUACAGGCGCAGUGGCAGGAGGAGCAGAGGUAUCAGGUGCAGGUGUAGGGGAAGGAGGGGGAGGGGCAGGAGCAGGGGCAGAGACGGGAGGCAUGGGGGGCAUGGGGGGAAUGGGUGGCAUGGGCAUGGGCAUGGGGCGGAAUCAGCAGCAGCGCAAGGAGCAGCAAGGGACGAGCAUGGCGAGGAGUAUCAGUGGGCGAGACAAGCACCGCCCCUCGGGGAAGAGCAUGGGUAUUGGUGUGGGCGUGGGCGGGGUGCAACCAGGGGGGGCGUUUGCUGCCGUUGCUGCCGCUGCUGCAGCGGCUGCUGCACAGGCAGAGGCUGAGACUGCUGCUGCUGCAGCUGCUGCAGCAGGGGGCGCAAUUGACGGAGGAGCAGGAGGGGUGGGAGGAGUGGGGGGAGCAGGAGGAGCGGUAGGAGCAACAUCAGGAGGAGUGGAGCUGGGGCGAUUAGAGGCAGUGAGCGAGGGGAGGGAACGGAUUGCAGAGAAGAGACAUGGGGCAAGACAUGUAGAUCUAUCUCAUACCCCACCAGUCUCUGCUGCUGCUGCUGCUGCUGCUGCUGCUGCUGCUGCUCCAGCUCCUGCUGCUCCUGCUUCUGUGCUGCCUGCGAUUGCAGAAGGGAGAGCAGCAGCAGCAGAUCGAAGCCUUGAGAGCAGAGCAAUGGUGGCGCCUGCGGCAGGCACAAGAGCAGGUGAAGACGUGAGCACCAGCGGUCAUCGACUGGGUAUGGCGGGGAACCUUGCUUCAGGAGCCACGGAGGCAGCAGGAAGAACAGCUCUAGGAGCAGCUUCACCUGCUGCUGCUGCUGCUGCUGCUGCCGCUGAUGCUGAUGGUGGCGGUGGCGCUGCCAAUGCUGCUGCUGCUAUCCCCGCCCAUGCCGUUUCUCCCACUGAUACUGCCGCAGGACCUGUACCAACGGACAGGUCUCCCGCUUCCUCCUCACGACCCACCUCCCCUUUGUUUGUGGACGAUUUAACUCGAGAGAGAGGCCUGAGGAUCAACAUAUCGAGGCAACCGAUACAGAAACCAGCGUCUGCUGGGAGCACUCCCGGGCGCCACUCCUCCCCGUUCGCCAACCCCGCUUCCUCCGCCUUUCCUUCCACUAAGUCGCCGCUCACCUCCUUCUCACUCACCCCCCCUCACGGUUUCAGACCUGGCUUCCCUGCCUCUCGCUCCCCUGAAACGCCUCCGUCUCCCACGAACAUGUUCUCUGCUAGAAGGCGGUUUCCAUCGCACUCGUCGUUGCCUGCUAGGUCUCCUUGCUCCUCGCCUUUCACCCUCACCUCGCCUCCUCAUGUGGAGACUGUGAGGGAGCAAGAGGAGCGGGAGCAAGAGGAGUGGGAGCAAGAGGAGAGGGAGCAAGAGGGCCAGGAGCAAAAGGAUCGAGAGCAAGAGGGGCAGGCGCAAGCCGGGGGGGAGCAGAGGAAUGAGGAGGUGGGGCUGAGUGCGUGGUUGAGAGCAAGUAGGGCGGAUGAAGGGCAUGGUGCGGAGGAGGUUUGUUCUCAGGAUGGCAGCAUGGGGGGUGGAGGGAAUGGAGCGAGGAGAGGGAGAAGCCGCACAAAGCAGGGGCGGCUCUUCAAGUCGUUCUCACAGGCUGAUACCUCCACCACACGCAAGUUUGGAGGCACGGGCCUCGGCCUGGCGAUUUGCAAGGGGCUUGUGAACGCCAUGGGUGGGGAGAUCUGGAUCGAGAGCGAGGUGGGGAAGGGCGCGACGUUUGUGUUCACUGUGCCGCUGCUGGCGCCGCAGCGGCCGGAGAGGUUUAGGGUGGGCGGUGCGGGAGGGAGUGGGCUGCAUGUGCUGGUGGCUGAAGACAAUGUCGUGAACCAGAUGCUGAUCAAGAAGAUGCUGCGGCACUACGGGCAUCAGGUUGACGUGGUGGCGAAUGGAAAGCUAGCAGUGGAGGCUCUUCAACGAAUGAACGGGCCAGGGGCAGGGGCAGGAGGCGAAGGGGGGGCAACUGAGAGAGCAGGCACAACAGGAGAGGGACGGGGACAGGGAGGGCAAGGAGGACCCUUGGCCCCAACUGCCGCUCCGCCUCGCUCUCUAGUCUCUGCUUCCUUUGAAGCCACUGAACCCCCAGCCUUUGCUGCUACCGAUGCAGCAGCAGCAGCAGCGGCAGCAGCAGCAGGAGCAGCAGCAGGGGGAGGGGGUGCCGCCGGGUCGGUCGGUGGAUAUGAUAUGAUUCUCAUGGAUCUCCAAAUGCCUGUUAUGGAUGGGCUCAUGGCUACUCGCACCAUCCGUGAGCUACCUGCUCCUCUCUGCCGCAUACCCAUUUAUGCACUCACAGCUGAUGUACUCACACAGGCUUCAGGGACUUUGGAAGAAAUGGGGCUGGAUGGGUAUUUGACCAAGCCUAUUGACUGGGGAAGCCUUUCUAAGGUGAUUCAGCAGGUGGGGCUGGCGAAGCUACAACCAGACAUCGCUGCUGCUGCUGCACUGAUGGAACGUGAGGAGCAGGAAGAGCAGGAGGCAGCGGGAAGGGAUUGA